GCGGCUGGAGGGAGCGCCCUGUGCCCUGUCCCUUUAAGGAGGAGGGCCAAGCGCAGUCAAGAGUGCGGACGUUGCCCACGACCUCCUACCAUCCCAAAGCAGCUUCCGCCACGGUCCCAGCCGCCCUCCCGGUUAGCAGAGUCCGCUCCGGCCCCAGGCAGCGAGUCGCCCACCAUGGUGAAGAUUGUGACCGUCAAGACCCAGGCGUACCCGGACCAGAAGCCGGGUACGAGCGGGCUGAGGAAGCGGGUGAAGGUGUUCCAAAGCAGCGCCAACUACGCGGAGAAUUUCAUCCAGAGUAUCAUCUCCACCGUGGAGCCCGCGCUGCGACAGGAGGCCACGCUGGUGGUGGGCGGGGACGGCAGGUUCUACAUGAAGGAGGCCAUCCAGCUCAUAGUCCGCAUCGCCGCCGCCAACGGGAUUGGUCGCUUGGUCAUUGGGCAGAAUGGAAUCCUCUCCACCCCUGCGGUUUCCUGCAUCAUUAGAAAGAUCAAAGCCAUUGGUGGGAUCAUUCUGACAGCCAGCCACAACCCAGGAGGGCCCAAUGGAGAUUUUGGAAUCAAAUUCAAUAUUUCUAACGGAGGUCCUGCUCCGGAAGUGAUAACUGAUAAAAUUUUCCAAAUCAGCAAGACAAUUGAAGAAUACGCAAUUUGCCCUGACCUGAAAGUAGACCUUGGAGUUCUGGGAAAACAGCAGUUUGACCUGGAAAACAAGUUCAAACCCUUCACAGUGGAAAUUGUGGAUUCGGUGGAAGCUUAUGCAGCGAUGCUGAGAAACAUCUUUGAUUUCAAUGCCCUGAAAGAGCUGCUUUCUGGCCCAAACCGACUAAAGAUCCGUAUAGAUGCCAUGCAUGGAGUUGUGGGACCGUAUGUGAAGAAGAUCCUCUGCGAAGAACUCGGUGCCCCUGCAAACUCAGCAGUUAAUUGCGUUCCCCUGGAGGACUUUGGAGGCCACCAUCCUGACCCCAACCUCACCUAUGCAGCUGACCUGGUGGAGACCAUGAAGACAGGAGAGCAUGAUUUUGGGGCUGCCUUUGAUGGUGAUGGGGAUCGGAACAUGAUUCUGGGCAAGCAUGGUUUCUUUGUGAACCCUUCAGACUCUGUGGCUGUCAUUGCUGCCAACAUCUUCAGCAUUCCAUAUUUCCAGCAAACUGGGGUCCACGGCUUUGCACGCAGCAUGCCCACGAGUGGUGCCCUGGACCGGGUGGCUAAUGCUACAAAGAUUGCUUUGUAUGAGACCCCAACUGGCUGGAAGUUUUUUGGGAAUUUGAUGGAUGCAAGCAAACUGUCCCUUUGUGGGGAGGAAAGCUUCGGGACUGGUUCUGAUCACAUCCGUGAGAAGGAUGGACUCUGGGCUGUCCUUGCCUGGCUCUCCAUCUUAGCAACCCGCAAACAGAGUGUGGAGGAUAUUCUGAAAGAUCACUGGCAAAAGUAUGGCCGGAAUUUCUUCACCAGGUAUGAUUAUGAGGAGGUGGAAGCUGAGGGUGCAAACAAAAUGAUGAAGGACUUGGAAGCCCUGAUGUCCGAUCGCUCCUUUGCAGGGAAGCAGUUUUCAGUGGGUGACAAAGUUUACACUGUGGAGAAAGCAGAUAACUUUGAAUACAGUGAUCCAGUGGAUGAAAGCAUUUCAAGAAAUCAGGGCUUGCGGCUCCUUUUUGCAGAUGGUUCUCGUGUCAUCUUCCGACUGAGUGGCACUGGGAGUGCGGGAGCAACCAUUCGCCUGUACAUUGACAGCUACGAGAAGGACAUCACCAAGAUCUACCAGGACCCCCAGGUCAUGUUGGCCCCCCUUAUUUCCAUUGCCCUGAAGGUGUCCCAGCUCCAGGAAAGGACGGGACGCACUGCACCCACCGUCAUCACCUAAGAAGACAGGCCAGAUACGGUACGUCCCUCCACCCCAGGACCUAUCCAAGUCAUCUGAUUGAAGAGCAUGGACAGAAACAAAGUGAAUAUUCACCUUGGCUUUUUUGGAUUAAGUGUUUCCACCAACCAGUAUUGAUGAAUGGUGCAUUUGCAAGGCACUGACCAUUGAGAGGUCCUUGGGAGCCAUGUAGGAAUGAGGAUCCAGGACUUAUUCUACUGUCGGUUCCUUCUCACGCCCUUACGCACUACUGCUGUGUGAGUUUUUGUCUCUUUAGCACCAGGUACUGUUUACACUAUGGAGGUGGAACAUCAUGUAGCAAGGCCAUUUUUCAUCCUUAGGACAUGCCAAUGAAAUGACAAUGUAAGUCCCUUUCUCCUCAGUGAAUCUCACCCCUCACCCCCUGCCAGUCCUCAUUUAUUGUUUACAUGUAAUCCAGCAAUUCAAUUUCUGGUGUCUUCUCUCCAAUCAGUUCCUUCCUCAGAGUGAGACGUACAAAUCUCUGUCUUGUUUUGCAACAUUGUCCCAUUCUCACAGGUUAUUUUGGGAUAUUAAAGCAAAAUAAGCUGCUA